AUCGUUAGCAGCGCCCUCAACAUUAGCCGGAAGAUGAGUGACACGCAGCUAGGUCUGCUAAAUCAUGGCAGCAUUUAUGGAAAGGUUGUCUUUUCUGCAGAAGAUCCCCACCCUGAUGAAGGCAACAGCAGAUGAUGAGUCCCCCUGUCCUGGCUACCUUUUCCAGGAGAUAGGAAAAAUCUGCCACGAGUCGACAGGUUAUGGCCAAUGUUUGCUGGAAUAUCUCCUGGAGAGACUGCAGGUGGAGUCGUGUCAUGUUAAACUGAAGGUGCUGAAAAUCUUUAUCCACCUAUGUGGACAUGGCUCAAAACAUUUCCUCACAGAGCUCAGAAGAAACUCCACCUUCAUCCAGCACGCAUCAAUUUACAGUGGCGCUCCAGAUCCCAUCCAUGGCACAGCUCUAUACCAGAGAGUAAGGAGUGCAGCACAGGAAGUGUCCCGUUUACUUUUCACGGAUGCAGUUUCCACCAAAGGCAGCAUUACUGCUCCCAGCAUGGGCCCAGCAACAGUAGGAAUGGGAUCAAUGGGUUCCCAAAGGUCUGGACUGCAGGGGUUUGGUUACAAUCCAGGGAAGCGAGGGACAGGCAGUGACUCACUGCUGGAUAAGAUCCAGAAGGCUGCAGAGGUAGUUGCCAGCGCAGUCCUUCCCCCAACUGAGCAGCAGGGCAUCAGACUGCAAGAGAGCCAUUACCGAGCUGUAGUGGCUCCAUCUGCACCCAUAGAGGUGGCGGUGCCGGCGUGCGCCUAUAACCUGCCUCAUCGCAAACCUAAGGCGACCCAGCGAUGCCCAGGGCAGGUAGGGGGAGGCUGGGAAGAGACCGACAGCAGCAACGGCUCCUCUCACAACUCGUCUCAGGACAUGGCCACCAACAGCAGAGCGUCUGUUGGCAGCAAAUCGGCAGCCAGCAGGGAGAGUAGUGGAGACCUCUCUGAAAGAACCGAAGCGUUGCAGCUGGGGGACUGCGGCCAGGAGACGGCUCUAAUCAACAGACUGACUGAAGGAUCCAAAGUUUUCCUCACCAGGGAGGAGAGUCAACACUUCCUUAAAGAGUGUUCUACUCUGAACUGUGAAGUUGUGGUGGAGUUGCUGUCAAGCAAGCUCCAGGAUCCAUCCCACACUAUUCAGAUGCGGGCUCUGUGUGCCGUCUCUUGCCUCAUGACCUCUGACCUUCUUGCUCUGGAGCAGACAUUCAGAGCUACUCAGCGCAGACUAUACCAUCUUAGCGAGGGGCCUCCAGGACCUGUAGCGAACAAAGCCACCAAGAUCCUGCGGCAGUUUGAGGCUCUGAUGGGCGGAUCGCUACACGCUUCUCGACAAGAGGCGGCGCACAGCAGCCAGGCAACGUCUAAUCAGUCUAUGCCGUCUGCAUGCUUGAAGAGCUUACAGCCAACAAACCCAGCUGACAGCAGCAGCAGCGGCGGCCCUGAACUCUGUCACCCUGAACCUGAGCCGUCGGGCAUUGACCAUCCACAGAACCUCCCAGCUUCCGCCGCUGGUCUGGAUGAGAGUUGGAGAUGCUUGACAGGAGAGCAGGUGGAUAAAAUGGCCAAAAGUAAGGCCCAGUCGGUUAGAACUGCUGUGGCUCCAGAGCCCAUCAGUGAAGGAAGUUCCUCUGAACCCGUGAGCGUGGCGGCCAAUCACAGUAGCCUGUCUCUGUUCAGUGGGAUGGAGCUGGUGAUGAAGGGGGGGCCGCUGCUUGGAAGGGACGUGUCGCACACAGAGCCUGACAAAACGGACAAGAGUGAGGCUCAAACUGCACCUAACUGUAAAAGUUUAAGGAACUCCUCAGUGGUUUGGAAUGAGAAUAGAGAGGAUGAGGAGCAGGAGGAGGAUGAGGAGGACGCUCCUGCCUCCUCUGAUCAGAGCAAACCUCAGUCAGCUUUCUCCUUUCUCAACUCCUGACUGCAAUCUGAGGAUCAGGAGCCGCUAUAGAAAGAUGUCACCUCUACUUCCUCUUCACUAAAGAUCUGUGGUAUUUUAGCUGCCGUAAAAAACAUCCAGGCAUAACAUUAUGACCACCUCAUAUGAAAUCAUCCAUCAUGGUACCUAAAGUUGUGAUAUGAAAACGUGAAAAUGUGAUAAAGUAGGAUUUCAAGGAGGAAAUCAAUUAGCCAGCUGGAGCAGAGUGUCUUUCUUCUCCCUUCCCCAGGUGUGGUCCAGUGACCCACCCAUUGAUGGUUAAGGCUCAUCUUUAUGAUCCGACCCUAAAUCUUCUAAUCUUCUCAAGGUCUAAAUCCAGUGGAGGGUCUGUUGGACUCCUGGACCAACUGCAGUCUAUGGAGGCCACCAGAACUCUCAGUCCAGCUGUGGUCCACAUGUGAUUGAUUGGCUCUAAAGUGUCUUUUAGUUGAUGUGAGGUGGUGGAAGAGCUGCUACAAUCACAUGUUCUGUGCUUCACAGAGGAAAUAGAUUGAUGCAACCUGCAGGCAUUAGAUGUUUUAUACCAGCAGGACAUAAAAAGUAAAAGUUGCUAUAAAAAUAAAUUUUCUACCUGGUAAACUUUGUGCCACAGGCUCAUUAUUGAUCUGGCUGUUUCUCUGCUCGCAGCCGCGGACUGACCUAUGUUCGUCCCUUUUAGUCAGAAAAUCCAUUUUCUGUCUGCAGCCAUUGAGGAGCAGGCCAUAUAUGGAAGUGCUUCAUGUUUUUUUGUUUUGUUUUAUUGCACUUUAGAGUCACAUAUACAUAGAAGUCCUACUUGUUAUUUAUUUCUCUUUAAAGAUUCUAUAGUUUUCUGGCUCCAAAUACCUCUAAGGAAGCUGUCUCAAACCCAGAUUAACUGGUUUUCCUGAACCAGUUAACGAGGAUGUUUCCCUGGUUCAACGCACCAGAAAGAAAAGCUUUAGUUACAUCAUAGUUAAGUUCUUCAGUGUCCUUUUAAGGACCCUACAUUUUAAUUCCAGAUGUGUUGAAGCAGAUAAACAUCUGUAAGCUCGACAUAAGCUUUUAAGGACUGUAUUUGGACUCCUGUGCCUUAACAGAUCUGCUGCUAACAUCUUGGUGGGGUCAUAUUGUUACGCCUGAUUGGUAAAGGAUGCAGAUUAACAUUUUUCAGGCUUGUUUCCUUUAAAAAACUGCUUUUGACAACAGCUUCCACCAGGAGUCUGAGUUUGGAAAACUGCAGAAAGCACGUCUGUCCUGACAAGGAUCUGCAAACUCUGCAUGUUACAUUUUAUAUUUUACAGGAAUCAAAGCAUCAGAGGUUUUGAGAAUAGCAGGAUCUUAAGCUGCCUUCCAGUGAUGAAGGCAGCAGCGCAGGAACAGAUACUCCAAUAAUGAAGUUAGUUUUCCAGCCAUAAAGCCAGCUGGGAACUAAUGAAACAUGUCAAGCAGACCUGCUGCUUUCUUUAUCUCAGGAUUCCACUACUUUUCUGUUAUAUUUUUGGAAAUAACAACUUACACCUCUGCUGCAUGUCGUCGACUUAAAGGGAAAUCCCUGUUUGUGAUUUGCACUACAGCUACCUUCUUUUAAACUCAAAGAAAUGUCUUCCUUAUUUUUGGUAAUAAGUUAUGUAGAU